CAAUCUUGGCUGGUGGAGAUGUCUGAAGGAUUACCUAGCAAAGAUGGCACCAAUACUGAAGAAAAUGAUGCAAGUGAUGGCGAAUAUAAACCUGUAAACCCCCCCACAAGAAACCUGAAGAAAAGUGUCAAGCAAAGGAGGAAACAAACUGAACAGUUGGAGCUUGCAAAGGCUAGAAGAGCCCUUAAGUUGGAGAAGAAAAAAAUCACUGAUAUCCACGAGUUGAAAGUUAUUAUGAAACAACUGAAUAGCAAUCAACAGAAGCUGUCUAUUUUGAGAGCUAAGCGUUUACAGAAAAAAGAGCUUAAAAAAAAUAACCCCAAAGUUCUAAGUUCUAUCAAAUAUGAGGAACCAGAUUUAGAAUUCAAUAUGGGCAAUGAAAUUUCUGGAAACCUCAAAAACUUGAGAACUGAAGGAAACUUGCUCUCAGAUAGGUUCAAGAGCAUGCAAAAACGUAAUAUUUUAGCACCAACAAAGAAACAUUCCCGCAAAAAUGCAAAGGUUAAAAAAUACACCAAACCAGGACACAAAGAUGAGGAUUGGAAAAAAACAGUGGCUCGUUGAAUAGAAAUAUUUUAUUUCUGACUAGUUGCAACUCAAACUUAAAGUUCAAUAUUAAUAAAUAAUAACAACAAUAAAUAAUUGAAUUUUA